GCGGUCUGAGUCAACCAAUCAAAUGUGCUAUUGCCAUCGUGGACAGCUCCUUUAUCCUGCUGCCCUAUAGGGUUACCUCGCAUUCACACUUCGCAGUAUGUUGUAUCGACACUUUACUGGUGGUUGCCUGGCGGCUCCUGGUCGAGGUAUGAGAUAUAUAAACUUGCGAUGGAUCCGUUUACUCAGGCUGCCCUAAAUUGUGUAGCGUUCAGCACGAAGCAGCCCAUUCAUAGUGAGUAGGGUGAAGCGCGGUACAAACCUGAGAACGAAACCCCUUAUUCCUCCGUGCUGUAUCUAUCAUUGGAUCCCGACCUAUCUAUAAAUUGUUGCCUUUAUAGGCCUCUCGUCCCUCACUAUGGCAGACCAUCUGUCAGCCUCCUGCACGGAGGGCCACCCGUCUGCCGAUCCAGCUUACGCCUCCAGUACAGGGGCUCCUCAACUAGCCGUGCUCGACCUUUUCUUCCCUGGGUUCUCGAUGUUCGCCGGUGCCAUACAGAAGUACCUGAAAAUCGACCUUAACUUGUAUAUCCCUCUACUACUUCUUACGGGUGCUUUGACAGUCGUCUGGAAUUACGCUAGCAAUUACUUAUGGGACCAACUCGAGACUCAUUUCAUGUCCGUCGUCGAUAUCCGCACGGACGAUGAGGUCUAUAACAUCAUCAUGAGCUGGGUAGCCCGGCAGAAAUUUUCUCAGGGAGCCCGACGUUUCGUUGUCAACACCAACAUUAACUCUCGAUGUUGGUAUAUUUUUGACUGGGAUGACGACGAUGACGAGGACGAUGGUUCUUCUGGUAAGAAAAAGAAGCCUUUGUCAUACACACCUUCCUUUGGUAGUCACUAUUUCUGGUAUCGUGGCCGCUUGCUCUUAUUCCGAAGGUCGGCGAAGGAGCAGCAGAAGGGGUGGCAGCUUGUUAGUCAAUGCGAGGAGAUCUCGAUCUCAUGCUUUGGUCGUGACCCGUGGAUCUUGAAGGAGCUUCUCCUGGAGGCUCGCCAGCAAUAUAUGCAGAAGGAUGAGCACAAAACCCUCAUAUAUCGUGGUACAUUGAAGCCAGGGUCAAUGGAGACCACUUGGCAGCGUUGCAUGUCCCGAGCCACUCGCCCCUUUUCGACAGUCAUCUUAAAUGAGAAAGUCAAGCAAGAACUCAUUGACGACGUUACCGAUUACCUUGACCCCGCGACACAGCGUUGGUAUGCAAAUCGCGGAAUCCCAUACCGACGCGGAUAUCUAUUAUACGGUCCUCCCGGAACCGGAAAAAGUUCACUUAGUCUCGCCCUGGCCGGUUUCUUUAAUAUGCGGAUCUAUAUCGUCAGUUUAAGUUCCAUCACAGCCAACGAAGAGAAUCUCGCCUCAUUGUUCGCUGAGCUUCCUCGACGCUGUGUUGUUCUCCUCGAGGACAUUGAUACGGCCGGUCUCACUCAUACCCGCGAUGACGCGACUCAGACCCAGUCUACAAGCAGUUCUAAUGACAUGGUUCCCGGCCAACUUACCCAAGGCAAUGGCGAUACAGACAAAAAUAACAGCGGCGGGAGAUUAUCCUUAUCAGGAUUACUGAACAUAUUGGAUGGUGUUGCGUCUCAGGAAGGCCGGAUUUUAAUCAUGACGACCAAUCACCUGGAGAAAUUGGAUGCUGCUUUGAUUCGGCCCGGACGUGUCGACAUAACUGUGAAAUUCGGUCUGGCGGAUGAGGGAAUGAGUGUAUCCAUCUUCCGAGCCAUAUUUGCCCGUCUAGACGGCGAUGAGGAUCCUAGUGAAGCCGAUAACCUACCCACCGACCCCGAAGUCAGAUCAAAGCUUGAAGAGGAGAAGAAGAAGAAGUUAGCGAUAGAAGAUGCUCGUAUUAGUGCUCUAGCAGAGGAAUUUUCUGCCAAGAUACCAACACAUGAAUUUAGCCCGGCUGAGCUUCAGGGUUACCUCAUGAAGCACAAGCGGAAUCCUCAAAGAGCGGUAGAAAAUGUGGAAGAAUUCAUCGAGCAAACCCGGAAGGAUCGCAAGGAGAAGCAACUUAAGGAAGCCGAGGAGAAGAGAAAGGCAGAAGCAAAGAAGAAGGAAGAUCUGGCCAAGAAAGAGGCAGAGAAGGCUAAGGAGGCAGAAGAGGCCCAAAAGAAGGAGGACGCAGAGAAUGGUGUAGACAAGAAAGCCACAGAGGCUUCAAAGUUGUCAUCUGAAGUAACGGCCGAUAAGAAGAAGCCGGCGGCAGAGGAGAAAGACACGUUAGAAGUCAAGACAGAGUCGGGUCAUGUGAGAAAUGAUUCCGGCUACGUGACACCGGCGAGCGGCGAGCCAUGAUGGAGGCGCCGCAACCGCGUGUGCCUAGCGGAUCCAUCCGCAGGCUACGGACCCGGUACCGGGGUGUCGCUCGUAGACCUAGAUGAUAGUAUCCACGAUGAGUGAUGGAUAUCUAUUAAGUCCCUACCUUGCAUAAUUCGGCGUAUAGGCAGUGUGUGUGAGCAGACGACUGCAGGAAUAAACAUGUUGCUAUCCAUUUAUGCAGCUCUAGCUACGUGGUGUAGCCAAUGUAGUGAAAUGUGAAUUGUUGACUAAGCGGGUUCCAUGGCACUACAUAACUUGGUUGACCAGGUUGACGACGAUCGUUGAGAGUGGCCUGAUUUCCGACAUUCGU